CCUCACUGCAUCUCGCUGCACAUCGUACUGGCUCAGAAGUAUGCCCAGCUAGGUUACCAUGACCUUGCAGCCGGUCAAUCCUACAAGGCGCUACUUCUCUGCGAUGCCAUAAGCGACGCUUCCGAUGUCUACCACGCUGAAGCGAUUGAGGACCAGCGAGAACUCAUCCAGCAGAUACCGCUUGUGGAGCGCAUUCGACUGCUGAAGGGUGAGUUGCAAAGUGACGGUGCUGCUAUGCCGCGCGAUGCUCGGCCAGACAUCGAUGUGGAGCUAGACUACUGGUCUCGAAAGCACUACCUUCCCUGGAUAUACCUGCUUCUCUGCCGUAGCCUAACGCUAUGCGGCUGUUUCAGAACUGCGCAUGAAUACAUCAUUCAAGCCCGCGAACGCAAAAUCUGCCUUGGUGAUCCAAGAUUCUCGGAGAUGGCCACGCGGUUACCCGAAGUCGUGGCCCAGCACUUCGGUAUCACUCUGGAAGAACUCCGCAAAACUGCAUACUGGGACGUCAAACAGUGGCCCAACCAAGGGCUUGUCCGUCGCGAAGUCUAUCCAUGGAAUUCAUGGGAGCCAGAUAGACUGGCAGAGCUGCCAAACCUCAACGCAAUGAUGGCAAAGGUCGCGCCUAAGCUAGAGGUACGUGCCGUUGAGCUCCCAGCCUUGACAGGAAACAGCAACCAGAAGACCGUUGUGCAGCUCGGCGUGUUUGCCAAAGAGGAUAUUGCGCCAGGUGAUGUCGUCCUCGACGAGGAAUCACUACUCACAGCCAACAAUAGGCUUCAAGAUGCACUUUGUGAUGCCUGCAGUGCCGAUCUGCCAGACCUCGAUGACCCUGCGUCAGAUGAUACUAGGGAGUGUCCACAUUGUCAAGCCGUCUUCUGCAGCGUCCGGUGUGCCAAACGCGCCCAACAUGGCUACCAUUACUCUAUCUGCGAGAAGGGCCUGGAUGCCCUGCUACGUGACGUACCGCCUGCGGAAGCAGCCGAGUCGCUCUAUUCGCUGCUUGUGAUGCGCACGAUAGGCAUGGCGGAAACGCAGGAGUGCCACCCGCUUGAGCUGCUGGAGGUCAAGUACAUCUGGGGAGACUUUCAUAACCUCCCGUUGACCGAGCAUCUCAUACCGCCGUCAACUGCCCUUCCGCGCACUCUUCCUUUCAGCUUUGAACACAACAUCCUCUUCCCUAUGCAGAUUAUGGAGAAGAUCGAGAUUGACCCUUACUCUGAGACGCACUACGACCUAUGGGUCUUCAACACGAUAUAUGCCAAGUUGCGCGGUACAGCUUCCGCUCGCUUGUCUGGCCUUGGAGGUAGGCCGGUUCGAGGCCCAGAGGUCAGCGCCGUACACCCAAUGUGGUGCCUUGCGAACCACUCAUGUGACCCGAAUGUCAGCUGGGAGUGGGGUGGCAGCAUCAAAUUCUGGGCUCGGAAAGAGAGAGUGGCGUGGGAAGGUAGAGGCGUCAAGGUCGUGAGAAGUAAAGCCGGCAUUCGGAAGGGCGAGGAGGUGCUCAACCACUAUUGCGAUAUCACCUUGCCAGUGAAAGAGCGCAGGGAGUGGGCAAGAGGUGCGCUGGGCGGCGACUGUAUGUGUGCAAGAUGUGUGUGGGAAGCAGAGCAGGCAGACGCGAAAUAG